AAAAAAAUGCCUGUAAAGCGAUCAGGAGAUGGAGCUUCCUCUUGGAGUUCAUCCUGGCCAUAUUUUGACAGCUUGCAUUUUUUGAAGGAUCAAUUUACAGCCAGAAAAAGUACAAGUAAUUUGCCUGAUGACAUAAUCUUCGAUGAAGGUUUUAAUUCUCAAUCAUCAAAUGUAGAGAUUUUAGAUAGAGACGUAGAUUCUCCAUCGAUGGUCGAUAUAUCACAAAAUUUGAUUGAUGAACCAUUGACGAGCAUGCCAUCGACGAGCAUACCAUCAGCGAGCUCGCCAUCGGUGAGCAAUUUCUCACGAAAAAGGGAAAGUGGAGUUAAUGAAUGCCACACACCUAUUUCGAAAAAAAUUAAGAGGAAAGUAACCAAUGAUUUAGAUGUAGGAACAGCUCUCAUUAAGCUAGAGGAAGAAAAAAUUAAAAUGUUAGGUAAACAGAAGAAAUCUGAUGAAGAUGAGUGUUUUUUUGAAAGUCUCCUUCCUCAUAUAAGAACACUCAGUCCAAAAAGAAAGAUGUUAUUAAGGAUGAAAAUACAACAAGAAGUUUAUAACUGCGUUUAUGGAGAUCAGCAGGAAAUGACACAAUCAACCAGUACUUUUGAAAAAACAGGAACACAGGAAUAUUCAACUUCUUCAUCAAUAACUUCUUACAUAAAUCAUUUUUCUGAUGAAUCUUUCCAUGAUUUAUAGAAAUUCGAAAUGUACUUAGAAGCAUUAAAUUUACGUUUUUGUCCAAGUUGAGUUUAUUUCUGAAUAAAAAUAUAAGGAAUAUGUGUUAACUUACCUCAAAGUCACCACUAGACGUUCUGUGGGAGUGAUAGGGUUGCGAAUAAAAUUGGUCCAGUUUUUCAUUAAUUUAGAUUCAAUAUUUUCCAGAAUGUAGUCGAACGUUGCAAUAUUCAUACGGAAAUAUGAAUGAAAUUUCUCUGGAUGCUCGCGUAAUUCUUCAUACAAGUGAUGAAAUUCACCAUGUACUUUCCUAGAUUUAUUAAUUUCGUGAACACUGCAAGUUCUUCUAUUUUUAUCAUUUUUCAUUACAUACCAGAGUUUCAAUGAAGAAUUUUCUAACAGUAUAAAUUCAUGUAAAUCCAUUUUUCGGAAACGCGCCUCCCCUAUAAUAAUCGAACUCGACUUGAUUUCUUGUUCGCCUCACUAUGAGAUGGCACCUCGUCAUCGCCGCUACUCUCGGGAACCGCUAUCCUCUCUGCUAUCCUCUUCGCACCUCUUGGUCGCUUCACUAUGUUCCUAGCCUAAGAGAUUGAUAAGCACCGCGACCAUCACAAACAUCAACAUAAGCAGUAGACAAAAGAACAUGACUGGGAAGUGCCAUGAAUCCAGCACCAACGAAAGUCGAAUGAUUAUCAGGGCGAUUUGAGUUAGUUUGCGAUAGAAAUGAUUCUUGACCAUUUGACAUAGCGGAUAUUGCAGAUGGUGAAGAACUUAAAGCAUUAGCAGAGCGAAGUUUAGUGUUGUCAUGGAGAAGCGUGUGAUGAAAUUUUGACUUACAUACUUUACAUGUAUGGCAGGAUCUGCAAGAUCGUAAAUCAUGAGAGGAACUUAAACAAUUGAAACAUAGCUUGUUUACUUUACAAAAAUGAUAGCGAUCAGAAACAGGCUUAUUAGCGAACGUAGAGCAAGUAUAGAGCGAAUAAUUUGC